GAGAGGAGGAAGAGAGUGGGUUUUUGAAAAUAUCUUUUGGAGCUGCUGGAUCAAGUCUCACUUGAAGCUAGAACUAAAUCUGCACUUUUAAUGUAUAUAUCCAGUAAAAAGCUCUUUAUGUUGUAAGCCAGUUUGAGGUGGAUUUUUGUCACUAUGGCUAAAAGAACCCUCGCUGAUUCUACACCUAACUCACAGGCCUGUUGUGAGGUUUAAAUGAAACAGUACCUAGAGAAGUCUGGUACACAAAUAACACUCAAUGAAUGUAUUAUUUAAUUUCUUCUCCAAAGGAGAGAGGCUAAGAGUACUGCCCAGCCACAGGCUCUCAACCACCACCCCGAGCCUCACAGUCUCCUCACACAGCCACAGCCGGAGAACGAUAUGCGGCCCACGUGGUGUGGUUCUAAUUCCUCUGACAUCUCAUUUUCACUGUUUGGCAAUAUUUGUCUCAUCAAGCUUACACAUAAAUGUUUUCAGCAAAGUGCUCCAAAUGCCUUUUUCAGGAAUCCGAAUCCACAUGAAAACAACGGCAACAAGAGAAAGGUGUAAACUUUCCAGAACAGGCCCAGAAUCUGGAAAUGUGAUAAAGACGUUAUUGUGCACCCGAACUUUUCACACAAGAAUUGGAGGAGAUUUAACACAUGGAAUAAUAAACAGAGGAAGGCUGGCUAAUGCAGAGCAGAUGGGCCUGCAGGGCAGUGCUCAGCACUUCAACCUCUUCCCUUUGGACCUUUGGACUCAAGGUAAGAAAACUGAGUUUCAGAAGAGGGAGGGGACUCACUGAAUCCCAGCGGCUGGCAGACCUGGGACUGCAAACCAGCCUUCCAUUGCUGCACGCAGGCGUCUCUUCUCGCGUGGGAUCACAGCAUCUGAGGGAGUGAAAAGAGGAAGAGGCUGUGAUGGAGCACAGCAGGUGCGCGGGGAUGCCUGGAAAACAGAAUUAGGAGGGCCCUGGGUCAGCACUGCUCUGCACUGGCUGGGUAGGGCUAUCCUGAUUCUAGAGUGAUCUUGGUUCCUGGGAUAG